UUUCGUCUUUCUUUGCGAAGCUAAGAGCAACAUUUACUAUCCAGAAAAAAAUGUGGGUCAAUUAUUUUAUAUUGUUUAAGCUGAUCCUCGAAUUUCCAGGAAAUGUGGCAUUUUAUCCAGGUGAACCGUUUUUAACAAGAAAAUUGCUACAAGUCCCUAUAAGUGCAGCCAAUCGUACUGAAUUGCAACAACAACAUAAUAUUUUGGCCACCUAUAGAAACGGGAAGCACACGGCCGUGCUGUCCAUCAUGCUCAUGAUGGGCGUGUGCAACGUGGUGGGGGACCUCGUGCGCCACAUAUCGAUACCGUACCCGAUACUGUUCAUGGCGGGCGGAGGGCUGCUGGGCUGGUACUCCGACAUCAGCCGGCAGGUCGAAGACUUCCUGCAGGUCACCGGAGUGCAUCCCAGGGUGCUGCUGAUGAUAUUCCUGCCGGCGUUCGUCUUCAGGACCGCUUACAACAUCGACACGCGGCUCUUUACCAUCUGCUUGUGGCAGAUUUUACUCGUUGGGAUUGUCGGAGUAAUGGUAUCAUCUUUAUUAGUGGGAGUUCUUAUAUUGGUUAUAUUUAAAAAAUACGACUGGUCAUUUGAGAACUCAUUCUUGUUUGGUGCAAUUGUCAGCACCACAUAUCCUCAUGUAACAAUUAACAUUCUACAAGACAAAGGUCUAUCCAAACCAUUGUGUGUGCUACUUGAAGGAGAGAACGUGAUUCGCGAUGCUUUUGCUAUGAUGGUGUUCUACAUGCUCAUCUAUGAAAUAAUUUCACCAAACAGGUCUGUCUGGAUGAAUGUGUUAGAUGUCUUCUUGUACUGGUUCGUCGGCGCCUUGAUUGGAAUUGUUCUCGGAAAGACGAUUACAUUUUGUACUCAAAAGUUUUUUACCGAUGUAAACCAGCUGAUAUUGAUCACGUUUUCAGUGACUUAUCUGACAUUCUAUUUUUGUGAAGACUAUGAAGAUUACUCAGGCGUGGUCGCCGUGGCGUCCAUCGGCAUGGUGAUGGGCCGCGCCAAGAACUCCUUCGCCAGCAACAUGGGCAAGUCGCUCAGCGACAUAUGGGAGAUCCUGUGCCGCGCGUGCGAGACCAUCGUGUUCGUCCUCAUCGGUCUGAUGGCGGUGAAGAGCCUCCAGGAGGUGUUCGACUGGCACAGGGUGCUGCUCGCCUUCACCAUCUACAUCAUCAGCAAUGUCUGCAGGAUAGUGGUGUACCUGGUGCUGCUGCCGAUGUUGUCGCGGCUGGGCAGCGGGCUGAGCUGGCAGAACGCCAUCGUGGCCAUGUGGGGCGGGCUGCACGGCAUCCUCAGCAUGUUGCUGGCGCUCAUGGCCGCCCGCACCAGCCACUUCGUGCACAUCGGGCCCCAGUUCUCGAUACUCGUGACUAUGAUCGUGAUCCUGACGUAUCUGAUCAACGGCUCCAGCAUCACCGUGGUGUUGAGCAAGCUGGGACUGCUGACUGUCUCCUCCAGCAGGAGGGCCAACAUGAGGAAGGCUCUCGCAAACUUGCACGACGUCCGUGAGAGACAUUUCAACUUUUUGAAGCUGGCGAAGUACUUCCCUGUGGUCAACUGGAAAUUUGUAGAUGAAGCAACAACUAUUGUCAACCCCUACUUCAAGCAUGGCGACAAAGAGGACAAAGACAUUGAGAUAGAGCAGAACCUCCAAGGACCUCGCAUGACGGUUUGCCCGAACUGCCAGAAGGUUCACUUCAGCACUCUAGCGGGCCACGAGAUGAGGGAAUUGCGCAGAAUGGUGCAGCUGAAAAUGCUGCAAGCAAGGAAGGCAUUCUACUGGCGGCAGCUGCAGCGAGGGAUGAUCUCGAAGAACGGCGCCUUGUUCCUCGUGGCCUGCGUCGAGAACGCCCUGGCGAAGGAGAUGAUGAGCAUAGACAUCAAUGAGAUCAAGGCACUCUGGAGGGAAAAGAGAAACCUCAAGUUCUACAAGUACUGCUUCAAGAGGCUCCCGAUCGACCAAGCCAUCAGGGUGGCCGACGUGACUGACAGGUGGAGGAUUAAAUUAUUCAAGAUUUCUACUCGAAAGUCUUUUGUAUUAUUUUACUACGUAAUCAUUGUCGCCCAGUUAUUCACGGUUACUUUAGAAUUUAUAGUAGAAUAUCACGUAGUGCCUGGGAUCCUACACGUCUGGUUCGAUUUGUUGAAUGUUGUAUACUUUCUCUUCUAUGCUGCACAGAUUUAUAUAAAGGUUGGUGUGUUUGGAUUCAAUCUGUUUACCAGGGAAACGAUGAACAUCGUCGAAUUGUUUCUCCUUGGGACGAUGUUUCUUAGCAUCAUAUUCGAUUUUGUAUUUUAUCUGAGAAUAUUAAAAAAACCCAUAGACUGGUAUUUGGUCUAUUCUAAUAAUGUUUUGAGGUUGCUGAAUUUCAUCAGGAUGUUUAGAUUUUUCCAGGUAUUUAUUCCAUUGUUGAGAAAGUAUUCAUAUGUAAAAAUUCAGGAAUGCAUGUACGAAGCUUUUGAAGUUAGCCUUAACUUUGUGUGGGGGGAAGAACAAAUUAUUUUUUUGUUGGACUUCUUGAUUUCCUUCGAAGAACUGCACAAAGAACUGUGGUCUGAAUCUGGCAGUGCACGCUUUGAGAUGAUGAGAUUACUGGCCAAAGUUCAGAUGAAUAAUCCAAGUUGUGGCAUCAACGUGAAAACAAAGAAUUCAAUUCGUGGCACGUUGUUCUACUUGAAACAAUAUGUAAGGAACCUUAAGGAAAGAGAUGGUCUCCUUGAUAAUCAAGAGUUCACUACGUUGGUGAACCAAAUAGGUGAAAGUCUCAGAAAUGCUAGAAAAGUCAUUACGGCGGAAAGCGGUCAUGUUAUCUCAUCUAUAAUCACUUCAGUUCCUUGGAUAGCUGGUAACGAAGAUCUUGCAUGCUUCAUAGAAGAACAUGGGACUAUGCUGAAGUACGACCAAGGUGAACAAGUAUACAUGCCCAGACAAAUACCACUCAACGUCUACAUUGUUAUUUCCGGAACAUUGGAAGUACACCUCAGACAUGAAGACUGCAUGCAUGAAGCCCGAGUGCCGCCCGGAAGGCUGCCCGUGGUGGACCACCUGACCAACCUCGACUGGAAGCAGGUGCACCGCCAAGGCAGGUACGAGGAGUUCGUGGAGAUUCUGGCGCUGGGGGUCAUCAUCGGCGAGCUGGGUUUCCUCACCGGCCGGCAGUACAACUCCAGAGUCACGUGCGACUCUGCUCUCGAGGUCCUAUGCAUAUCUGCUUACCAAAUGAUUGAUGCCAUCAAGAAAUUCCAAGAUGAGACUACAGGGCUGAAAUCUCUCAUGUGGAAAACUAUGGCAGCUCGUUUCGUUCCAUACAUUAUUGCAAAAAUGUCGACAUACCAGGACCUGACGCUGGACGCCAUAGUGUGGCUGGUGGCGCGGGCGCUGGUGGUGGCGCUUCGUGGCACCAAGACCCUGGUGGUGACGGGCGUCGUCAAGGAGCUUGUGCUGUUGGAGGGCCAGGUGCGCGACAAGGAGGGCAACCAUUACUUCGGCCCUACCUGCCUCCCGCACAUCACCGAGGUCACCCCCGCGUACCCAGAAGACAUUGAAUCAUGUAAACUGCUGGUAAUCCCCGAGGAAAAUGUGGGAGAGUGUUACAUCAUAGAUGAAGACGACCAGAUGAAGGUGGAACCAGUCCCGCUAGUCAAGUGUCCACUGCACACAUUAAAAAUCCAGAAUCCGGAAGAGGAGGAGGACUUGUGGAAGAUAGACAGAAGUCGCGAAACACUGGAUUAUGACUUCAUGGAGGAGGCCUGUCCUAACGGAGUGUGUCCUCCCGAUACUAGAGACCAGGCGUCGGUCGCACGCGCCGAUUGAAGAAGAGUGUCAGACUUCUAAGAGAAUAAUAUAUCAUAGAGUGGUGGUGAUUAUAGAUGAUUACUACAACUACAAAACUGAAAGAAACGAAGAAAAAAAUCUUUCUUUGAAACGCGACUUCUCUGUGAUACAAGAAACAGAAUUAUGAGAAUAUGACAAUUAAUAACAGAUUAAUGACUCAAAUGAGUGACUGUUGAUAUCGAUGGUGUACCUUUUACAAAAAUAAAAAUGGAACUGCUAAAA